AUGGCCAAAACAGUAUCUAUCGUUGCCGGUCUCGUUGCCGCUGCCGCUGUUACCUACAAAUUCAGAGAUGAUCUGAUCCACAACACAUCCGACAUUCACAACCGUCUCACCAAAGCCAACGAAAAUCUCCAGGUUACUGCUCAGGACAACACCAAAACCUUUACCAAGCGCACCACUAUCUUGGAGUCUGUACCUGUUCUUGCUGACUCUCAGCGUUACGUCUCCGAGAAAUUUGUUCCUUCCGUCAAGCACAGUUGGAACGAGAAGGUUAGAGAUACCGCUCACACCAUUGUCCACACCGAUUAUGUUGGAUGUGCACAGAAGCUUUGGGAGGAUAAGGUGAUGAGCCAGUUGAAGAAAUAGAUUACCCGAAUAUACCUGUGCGUGUGUCGAAUUGUAAUUUCAAUAUGAUUGUAAUUGUAAUUGUGGUUGUAGUAGUGUGUGUAUCAAUAUAAUAGAAUGUGUUUAUAUCAAUAUC